CCUCCUUUAACCCCCACUCGAUGUUAGUAUAUCUGUCGUUGAAGGUCGAGUCGCAAUAACAGAGCCAGCGCACGUCGCUGGCGGGCGUACUCGCCCCAGCGUCACAGGUUCUAGUAGUCACAAAAUGGUUUUAAUCAGCAGUAAGAAGUAUGCAUGUGAAACCUGUAUAAAAGGCCACCGUUCAUCUGCAUGCAAACACACCGAUCGUCCAUUGUUCGAAAUUAAAAAGAAAGGCAGACCAGUAACCCAGUGCGAGCACUGUCGAGAAUUACGAAAGAGAAAACAAGUUCACGUUAAAUGCAUAUGCAUGGCCAAGGAGGACCCUGGGGCGUCUACCUCAAGUAGUGCGAAGAAAGGCCUUAGCAAGACACUGGAAACUGCCGCGUUUCCAAAUGGGUUGCCCGAAGACCUGGAGGCGUCCGUGAUACUGCAAGCAGCUUCAGAUGGAGUAUCGUCCGAUUCAGACCACAGUGGUGAUAACUGUGCCUGUUUGUCUGGCGUUCUCUCCGCCGAUGAGCUCUGUGCUUGCGCGACGCCUCGGAAGAGCGCUCCUCGAAGUCGUCCCAAGGUCGAAAGCGAUACCCGAGCAUCAAUGUCCCCCCAUCCUCCCGAAGUCCCAUCCCCAAAUUCCUCCCAUAUCCUUGCACGGAUUGCUGAAUUACGGCCUGUUCUCCCGAAGCCACCCGUUAACAGCGGUCCUGUCCAUGUACCAUCAGCUGGCAUUAAUCACAUCCCGGCGGUCCGUCAUCAUGGUCAUGACACUUCUUUCAGUCCGUAUGGACGCGCCUACGGACAAACGCAUGUGUCAUCUAGACCUGGUUCCCCGCCGACCAGUGACAUGUAUAGUGCCAUUCCAUCCAGCUCUAGCGUUCCAAUCAAUCAAUCUCUGACUCAAGCAUUCAAUACUGCUCUGUGGUCGCAACCACAGAAUGCAGAUACCGCCAUGGAAUUUCCUAUGUCUUCCAUGUGCGGUUGUGGUGACAACUGCGGUUGUCCAGGUUGUCGUCAACACGAUCCGUCUGGCGAUCGUGCUGCGUACAACUUUUUUUCCUGCUCCAAUCCCAGUGCUUGUGGAGCUUGCCUUGACUGUCUUGUGCAGUCUUUGCCUUCAGUUUCACAAGCACCUCCCAUGGAGACCGAGGACCCGACUAGUACACUCGAUGAAUGGAUGCGCCAGUUUAGCACAACAUCGUUCAAUGAGUUGACUCAAUCCGGUUCUUGGAUGACCCAAGACCGGCCCAGGCUUUGUCCAAUCGACAAUGGCUGCCUGCCAGGGUCCUGUCAGUGCGACAUGGUGAGGGAUGGAAGCAAUACCGCGCUUACCACCAUGUGCGAGAAAGGCUGUAGGCGAAAGGAGUUAUCGAACGGAUUGCCGUCACCGUUCGAUUAUACCCUGCCGACUAUACCUUUAGGUUUCGGUGCGCAAGUUGGGGGUGAUGGGUUUUUGGCGGUGCCAGGGCUAGCUCGAAGUCGUUCCUCUUCGACGUCUUCCCGUUCCAGUUCUUCGGGUCGUGCGUCGCCUGGAGGUAAGCUGUCAUGCUGUGGUGAUUCGUCGGGGAGUAUCUCCCCUCCAUACACGGACAGUAACCCAGACAUCAAGCUCUCUCGGUUCAGCGAUAUGUGAAUGGACUUUCCUGCAUUUCCUGCAUUUGUUUUUCUCUUCGUUUCAUUUCAAUUUCUUCGUCAUCUCGAUAAUUAUUUGCCUUUUUUUCGCAUCACGGUUAUUGCCAUUGACCUGACUCGUUCGUCCGACUACUUCUUCGUCAGUAUUAGUAUCUAGUACUUUUGAUAUCUUACUUGACUGGAAGCUAUCUAUACUAACUCAUGUACAGAAUAUAUCUGUUAUUUCAUGAAUAUGGGCU